AUGAUGCUGGGGCACAUUGCAUACACCAACUUCGUCCUCCUUUGCCACUUCCUACUCUCUGUCGCCUCCAUUCUUUUUUGCCCUGAAAAUUCACACACUUCAAGUUCCAUUCCAAAACGCUGCGUUUCGUUUCACUAAACAAACCACCAACUAUGAGAGGAGGACAAAGCUACGUCUCAUGUCCUCCAUCAUUCUCCAACGACGGCAACCGUCUUCUAGUCGGUUGCGGCACUUCCGUCGCCAUUUUCAGCACCGCAACCGCUUUACAGGUUUCGUCUUUAGAAGGUCACACUUCCACCGUCACCUCCGUCGUUGUUGUCCCCGGUUCAAAGAUUCUCAACUACUGUUGGACUUCUUCUCUCGAUGGAACCAUUCGUUAUUGGGAUUUCUCACUUUUCGAAUGUAUCAAAAAAAUUGACCUUAACCUUCCAAUUUUCUCCAUGGUUAUACCUUCAUUGUUAUCCACACCAGAAGAAAGUAGUGGAAAGAAGAAGAAUGUUUAUGCUUAUGUGUGUAUGCAAACUGAAAAUGGCAAAGAUAAUAAGCCUAAACUUUGUACUGCUCAGAUCCGGAAGUGUAACUUGACAAAUUAUAACAAGCUUUCCAAGGUUACCUUGAAAGAGACUAAACGGCCUCAACGUUUGACCAUUAGUCCCUGUGGAAAUUUUUUGGGCAUAAAGGACAAACGGAAACUUCAUAUAUGGAAAAUUCCUAAAGUCGACUCUGAUUCUGCUGUUUCAAAGAAGAUUACACUGCAUCAUACAAAGACCUUUUCAGUUCUUACAUUCCAUCCAACUGAGAGGAUUGUAGCUGCAGGUGAUGUCACUGGAAGAAUUUUAAUUUUUAGAGGAUUUGGUGCUCAGAACUUUCAGGAAAAUGGGGAGUUGUUGAACAGAACAUCAAUGACUGGUGAAGAAUGUAAGCCUGGGGUAAGACAAAACGAUGAUGCUGAAUCAUGCUCCACAUGGCAUUGGCACUCCUCUGGAGUGAAUCUUUUAUCCUUCUCUUCAGAUGGAGUCUAUUUGUAUUCAGGUGGGAAGGAAGGGGUUCUUGUGUUUUGGCAGCUAGACACCGGAAAGAAGAAAUUUUUACCAAGAAUUGGAUCUCCGCUUCGGUAUUUCAUAGAUUCUCCGGAUCCUUCAGUUUCCUCGAUAUCUUGUGCAGAUAAUCAAAUUCACAUUUUUAAGAUCUCUUCUAUGGAAAUAAUGAGGUCUAUUUCAGGGAUCAAGCCCCCUUUGUCUUCUCAAGAUAUAUGUGAAAGUAUUUCUAGCCAAGCUGCCUUUGACUGCACUUCUGGCUUAGUGGCUGUACAAACUGAGAAUUAUGGCAUCCAAUUCUACAGCUUGUUUGCUAAUCGUGGACUUUAUGAGAUUCAAGUAUGUGAAAGAAAUUAUCAACCAGUUGACGAUGUCACGGUGGUAGUGACCAUGGUGGAACUGUCUGUUGAUGGUUCUAUGAUGGGUACCGUAGAAGUCAAGCUUCCUGAAGAAGGAAUAGGAGGUCUUAUUUGUUUGAAAUUAUGGGAUUUGGACUCAGAUACCAAACGAUUUUCAAUGUCCACUCUUAUUUAUGAACCUCACAGGGAUGCUCAUAUUUCCGCGAUUGCUUUUCAUCCGACCCGUCAUAUGGCUGUCACCUCAUCUUAUGGUGGAGAUUUCAAGAUAUGGGUUUGCAGGGAAGAAACUCAGCAGAAAGGCCAGACCCAUCAGAAUUUUAGUUGGAUGUGCCAUGCUGUUGGGUCAUACAAAAAUAAAGCAAUGAGAGCUGCUGCCUUUUCAGCCGAUGGUUCUGUGCUUGCAGUUGCAGCAGACACUGUUAUUACAUUGUGGGACCCAGACAAGAAUGAGCUCAUCGCUGUUGUAGGAGAGACUCCAUCGCCAAUCGGGAGACUCAUCUUUGUUGGAAAGUCGGAGAAUCUUCUUUCUGUAUCUCAUGGUUCUACACCACAACUGUCUGUUUGGAGUAUGUCGAAGUUAGCUGCAUCUUGGUCAUACAGGCUUGAAAUAGAAGCUGUUUCGUGUGCAUUAGAUCUAUCAUAUUUUGCUGUUAUUGCUCUCCUUCCCAAAUCAAAUGAACGUAUGUUUAAAGGUGAUGGAAUAAUCUUAGUAUUCAACGCAACAGAUCCUACUCCCAUGGCUUCCUGGUCUGUAACAAAGGCCAAGGGUGGGAGUAUCGCUUUUCUUAAAGGAAAUCCAUCUGAACUAGCAGAUGAAAAAUCAUCAAAAACACUGCUUGCAUACUUAAAUGGAGAUCGCGAAUAUGUCCUAUUUGAUCCAUAUGACAAGGAAGCACGUGAGCUUAAUAUGACUAUGCAGGGUGAUCUUGUUGGGCUUGAAGAUAAUGGACAAUUCGGAUAUACAUCAAUUUAUGGAGAGUUACCGGUAUUUGAUUUAAAAAGGAACAAGGCUUCAUCGGUUUUCUCUGGUGCAUCAAAUAGGCCUUGGGAAACCAUAUUUAAUGGGUCAUCAUCACAUAUGUUGCCACCCCUCACCAAAUUGUGUUCUGAAUUUUUGGAGUCUCUGCUGGAGAAAAAGACAUCGAUCAUUGAAUGACAUACUACAUGCAUGGGCUCUUGUUGUAGGAUAUUGUUUCUUUGGUACCACUUACACUCAAUUCAAUAGAGCUGAAGUAGCAUAAGGGUUGGGCCUGAAGCUGAGGUACUUGCAUGUUCUCUAUGAGACAGGUGUAAACACUGCCUACUACUGCAGAUGUGCAUGCCACUUGAUGGGAACUGUUUGUAUUGGUUAGCUUAUGCAGAAAGAGAUUGGACAACUAUGUUAGCUCUCAACAACCUAAAGGCUUCAGCUUAAAUGGUUGGUUAAAACUGCCCAGUGUACCAGAGAGGUCCCCCACACCCCAAAAAUUUUGGUUUGCUAAUUAUUUUAAGUUAUAUAUAUUAUUUAGUUAUCCCUUAUUGGAUGAAAUUUUUGACGGUAACUAUUGUAUGGUUGACUUCAGAGCCUUUUUAAAAUGUUAAGCUUGCACUGUAACAAUCUUGUAGGCUUGUGAUACUGUGAAUGAGUCAUAGAUAUAGUGUAGUUGGAAAUGCUAUGGAAGAUCCAGCUCAUGUAACAGUAUUGUGUGAAUUGUGAUUUAUAUGCCAUUAAGUGUUUUUCUGCAUUCUA